UUUAUCCAAUAGAUUUAUUUGCGUCAUUUCGUAGCCUAUCUAUUGAAUCUAUUGAUCAUUCAAACAUAAAUUUUGAUUAUAAACUAUUCUGCAAGAAGACAUAUACCGACUUUGUGUGUAUUGAAUUCUCAAAAAUAGAUAAAUCGUCAACGAAAAGAUUCGGCAAACUCAGUUCGAUUUUGGAUUUGGAUUUGGCAGCACAGAAACGAUGAUGCAGAGUAUCAUAGUAAUCAUUGCUAUCGUUGCUUCAACACUUUUUGUUGGGGCGUCUAGUGCAUUUCUUUCCGAUGGUGUCGCAGAAUUCAAUUUUACGAAACUCUACGAUGGAAGUGAUGAAUAUGAUGUUGAAUACAAGGUGGAAAAAAGUGGCAAAACAUUUCAUGGGAAAACUUCCAAGUUGUAUGAUAAACUGUAUGCAAUAUUUGGCGCUGACAAUGUUUUGUAUUGGGUUGAAUUUACAGAGGAUGAGUACAACGAUAAACGAUAUCUUACUAAAACAGUUCGAUUAAUUAAACGAAGCGAAAACAAAUUGGAGUUCAAAGACAAUUCUCUUGAAUACGAAAUUAUUCUUGAGAGUGGAUUCUUGUUUACUCAGCUUUAUUCGACAUCGUGGAAUCUGGAGAAUAUAUGUUUUUCAAAAUCUAACAACAAAAAUCAAACGUUCGAUUACGUUAUUUCAGCCAGAAAUAAUUCAAGAAAAUAUAAUGGCACAACGUACAUCGAAUCGAAUGAUCCACAUGUACAGCGAAUUGCGGCUUCCGAUGGUGGGUUCAAAGGCUUGUAUGAAGUGAACUUUACAGAUGAUGAGCUCAGUUCCACGGACACAUUUUGUAAAGGCAUUUCAAAACUAAUAUCACAUAUACAAUGGCUGUCUCCAAUUCAACCGAUCAUGAUCGAUACAAACCUCCUGAAGUCUUUGGCUGGUUGAAAAUGGAUGCAAACAACUUUUUCCAACUCCAGAUGAAACAAUGUUUUGCAUGAAAAAAAAGAAAAAUAAGCAAAAAAAAUUAUAGACACAAUUAUUCAUGUAAUUUGUCAUAAUUAUUAUUCGAGAACUCCAGAACAGAAGAAAUAAAUGAUUGAAAAUGAAGGAAACAUUGUAAUUUUACCUAUGCGGAGAUGUAUAUCGAAAACUGAUGUCACAGGCC